CGGAAGUAAAAAGUUAUGAAGAAUCGAAAAUGAAAUAGACAAAAGACAAUGCUUCUUUCAACAAGACAAAGUUAGUUAUUUCAUCAUACAACUUUUAAAUUUUCUAUUUUUAAAUAUCUGAGGGGUAACUUUUGAACUUCUGUUGAAAAUAAAAUGUCCUCCCCAACACCAAGGAAAGAUAGAAGACAGAAAUGGUGGUCAGAAAAACAGAAAACAAGAGCAACUAAAAGAGAAGGAUUGAGACCAAAUCCUAGUGCUGUUGACCAUUUUGUAAUAACAACUGAAAAUAAAGGAGGAUUUAAACCAUCAGACCAAACCAAGAAAGUGUUAUCGUCAGAACACCAAACCCCAUCAAAAGCAUCAUCAAACUCACUGAAAACAGCCAAAUCAAUAGUGCAAGACAAAGUUAAAAAUAGUACAGACAAGGCAAGCAAAAAAAAUGAUAAUAAAAAACAGGAAAGUGACAAUACAUCAGAUACCAAACCAAAAUUAGAAACAAACUACGUUUUAUUUAUUGGGAAUUUACCUUACAAUGUAACAGUAGAAAACCUGGAGGAACACUUUAGAAAAACAGGAGGAGUCAAGAAGGUGAGAAUACCUCAGGAGAAAGCAAAACAACGAUCUAGAGGAUUUGCUUAUAUUGAAUUCAAAGACAGAAUAAGCCAUGGUAUUGCCUUAAGACUUCACCACACAACAUUAGGGGGUAGAAAAAUUAAUGUAGAAUUUACAUCUGUUGGUGGAAAUACCAAGAAAAGAAAAGACAAGUUAAAACAGAAGAAUGAAUCCUUAUCAAAGUUUAAGAUGCCAUUAGAUUCAUAACACACUAUAAAUGGAUUGGUGAUAACAAAAUUUGGUGUUGGCUUUAAAGAACUAUAUGUUGUGCUAGAUAUAAUGUGUCAUGAAAAGUAUGUCAAACAACAAAACUGUUUAAUUUAAAACUAUAAACAACAUUUUAACAUGGAAGUGAUUGAUUAUCUGUGAUCUGUCACAUUUCUCAUAUCUUUAAUUUUGUUUGUUUAAACCAGCAGUGGUUUAUUCAAACCUGUAUAAAAUUUUAUGUUGGUCAUAGACAAAUAGUUUUUAUUUUCAAAGGAGAACUAGAUAUAAAAAAAUCAACAAAUACAGUGUUAAAUUUUUUAAAUCUUGUUGAAAAGGAUUUUUGUUUUGACGUGUGAGUCAUUGUUAAGCUUAGAGAACCUUUUUAUUUAUGACACUACUAAAAGGGUGUUUAAUGAACCUAAUUUAUCAUGAAGGUGUCACUCAAAUAAUCAUUGAUGAUUAUAAAUUUUGAGAAAAAAUUGUGUAUAUAUUUUGGUGCUAAUUUGUUUUUUUGAUUUUUUGAUUAUCUUUAUUUUGAAUUGCAUUUUGAUAUGUGUUUUGGAUGAGAUUUAUAAAGAUCUUUAAUUAUAUAAUCAGUUUUCAGAUUAAUAAUUGUUUUAGUUAAGUGAAAAUUUAGUAAAAAGAGGAAGAAGAUACUUAGAGUCCAUAAACAAUAUUAUCAAAGAUAAACAGGCAACAACAAACAAAAUGAAAAAAACAGACAAAUUUCUGAACUCUACACAGAAAACUAAAAAUUGAGCAUGUAAUACAAACCCCAAAAAAUUGGAGGAUCAUUUGGAAUUAGUUUUAGAGGAAUGUAAACUAUAUAUAAUCCUAUAAAACAAUUAUUUUUAACUCACCUGGCCUAAAAGGCCAUGUGAGCUUUUCUCAUCACUUGGCGUCCUUCGUCGUCUGUCGUCGUUAACAAUUUUUCAAACAUCUUCUCCUCUGAAACUACUGAAUGGAUUUGAAUGAAACUUAGCAUGAUUGUUCCUUAGAUUAUCCUGCACAUAGUGUGUGCUUUGAUUUUUGAUCCAUCAAAAAACAUGGCCGCCCUUACUUAAAAUAGAACAUAGGGGUCAAAUGCAGUUUUUGGCUUAUAUCUCAAAAACCAAAGCAUUUAGAGCAAAUCUGACAUGGGGUAAAAAUGUUCAUUAGGUCAAUAUCUAUCAGCCCUGAAAUUUUCAGAAGAAUCAAACAAACCAUUGUUGGGUUGCUGCCACUUAAUUGGUAAUUUUAAGGAAAUUUUGCAGUUUUUGGUCAUUAUCUUGAAUAUUAUUAUACAUAAAGAUAAACUGUAAACAGCAAAAAUGAUCAGCAAAGUAAGAUCUACAAAUAAGUUAAUAUGACCAAAAUUGUCAAUUGACCCCUUAAGGCAUGUAAGGUGUUAUUGUCCUUUAAUGACAAUUUUUCACAAUUUGUUCAUCAUAUUUGCUAACUUUAAAAAAUCUUCUCCUCUAAAACAACUCAACCAAAUUCAACCAAACUUCAACUGAAUGAUCAGUAGGGUGUAUUAAAUAAAGAUUUUGCAUUAUUUUUUAUUUCGUCAAAAAACAUGGCCGUCAUGGCUAAAAAUAGAACACAGGGUAAAAUGCAGUUUUUGGCUUAUAUCUCAAAAACUCCAUCAUUUAGAGCAAAUAAGACAAGAAGUUAAAGUAUUUAUUAGGUCAAGGUCUACCUGUCCUGAAAUUUUCAGCUGAAUUGGGUAACUGGUUUUUCAGGUAUAAUGCCCCUGAAUUGAUGAUUUUAAAGAAAUUUUGCAGUCUUUGGUUAUUGUCUUGAAUAUUAUUAUAGAUACAGAUAAACUGUUAAUAGAAAAAAUGUUAAGCAAAGUAAGAUCUACAAAUAAGUCUAUUUGACCAAAAUUGUCAAUUGACCCCUUAAGGAGUUAUUGCCCUUUAAAGACUUUUUUCACAAUUUGUUCAUCAUGUUGACUUACUUUAAAAAAUCUUCUCCUUUAAAACUGCUGUAUCAAUUUCAGCCAAACUUAGGCUAAAUGAGUUUCAGAGUAUCUAAUAUAAAUUUUAUAUUUCAUUUCCUUGUAUGUCAGAAACAUAGCUCCUAUGGCAAAUAGAACAUAGGAGAAAAUGAUUUUUUUUUUGCUUUUGAAGAAAGGACGAUUCAAAGAACAUUUAAAUAAAUUGAAAAGCCAAAAUAAUCAUUAAUGAGAGAUUUAACCAAAAAAAUUAAGGUGAGGGAUUCCGUCUCUUGAGAGCCUUUUGUUUAAACUUGCUGUUUUCAUGUUUUUUUACUGUUAAUUUGUAGGUUAUAAAAUCUGACAUACAGAUUUCACCACAGUUGUCUGUUUGAAACAUGACAAAAGCACCUUAUACAUGAAAAUCCUCUAUAUACAGUAACAUGAAAAUCCUCUAUAUACAUGUACUUGUAUGUGAAAUUAUCAUAUAAAUUGAUACCCAUUUUUUCAAGCUGAAAGCAUUUCUCAAAACAAAUAUUCAUAUAAUGAUAUGAUGGAUUAUUUUGAUAAAUGAUAAUUAUUUUACCUUUUACUGACUUAAGUGCAAGAACAUGAUAUUGUUAAUGUUAAAAAUAUAACCAUUUUGACAUUACUUGCUUUUUAUACGACCACACAAAUUUUUGUGGCCAAAUAUUGGUAUCAUGUCAUGUUGUCAGUGUCGUCUGAUGAUGGAUGGUUUCGGAAUAAUAACUUCAGUAUAAGUAAAUAUAAAUCAAUAAAAUUUUAACACAAUGUUUAUAAACACAAAAGGAAGCUUGGGAAUGAUUUUGGGGGUUAUGGUCCCUAAUGUUUGGAAAUUAGGGGCCCAAAGAGGCCCAAAACAAGCAUUUAUCUAGUGUCAGUACAAAAAUUUGUGUAGAAGUUUCUCAAUUGUUCUGAAAUUGUAACAGAAAUGUUUAAUACCAUGAGUAGAAGGUUGUGAUAUUUUUGUGGGUUAUGGGGCAAACAGUCUAGGAAUAAUGGCCAAAAAGGGGCCAAAACAAGCAUUUUUGUAGUUUCAAGACAAUAAAUUGGAGUUAUCUUUCAGUGUCCAGAAUGGUUGUUGAAUCACCUAAAACCAAUGCUAACGAAAUCUUCUUUGAAAAUUAGAGUUAUCUUUCUUUGUCCAGAAUAAUAUUGAAUCAACUUAAAUCAAUGCUAUAUAUACAAUAUACAAUGCAAUAUCCACUUUACUACCAACCGAUAAAUUAAAGCAGUCUUUACCAUUCAGUGGUUACAUGCACUUGGAUUACCAUUCUAGGGUUAUGCCCCUUUACAAAUAGAAAAAAUGAAGAAUUUAUUAGUUUCUGUUCUCUUAACUUAAGUUUGUCUCUACUAAAUUUAAUGAAAUGUGUAAAUAAUGCUUAUUACCUCUUAACUCAGUUUAAGUUCAAUUUUUGGCAGCUUCACUUUUACAGCUCUUGAGUUAUGUCCAUUUAUAACGUUAUAUGCUAAUGGGGGCAUAAUCUGUGUCCCUUUGGACACAUUCCCCAUUUACUUUUUAGAAGUUACUAUUAAUUAAUAUUAAUUUUAACCAUGAUUGUACGACAUUUUAUAUUUUAAUAUUUUAUGAUGUAUUUAAAUGAGUAGUUUUUGUUGCAAAUGCCAUUAGAUAUUCCAAAAGAAUUAUUUUUCGGAAUAAGGGAAAGGGGGAGGUGAAAGAAAAAAAAAUUGGGGGGGGGCCAAUUUUUCUCAUUUAGAUUUUAGAAAUUAAUAAAAGAAAAUUUCUUCAAAUAUUUUUUUUUAAUAUUCAACAGCAUAGUGAAUUGCUUAAAAGCAAAACAAAUUUUUUAUGUUCAUCGGACCACAUUACUUCUGUGUCAGAAACCUAUGCUGUGUCAACUAUUUAAUCACAAUACAAAUUCAGAGCUGUAUCCAGCUUGAAUGUUGUGUGAAUACUAGUCCCAACCGUUCAGGGUUGGACCUCUGCAGUUGUAUAAAGUUGCAACCCUGCGGAGCAUCUGGUUUCAAUUAAUUGUUAGUCCAAAGAAAUAAAUUCUAUGAAAAACUAGCCCAUUUUCACAGUAUAGUAAAAACUUACUCUUUAAAAAUUAUUUCAUCAUGGUCUUUGAUUUCAGUGAAUUUGUCAAAACUUACUGAUUCAUGUUUUUUUUUAUGUCUCUUUCAAAAUUAGACAAAAAAGUAAAAGAAUUAAUGAUAUAAAUUAUCGACAUGAGUAACCUAAUUUUUGAAUAUUUGAACCCUACAUAUAAACAUGCCAAAUCAAUCAACCUUCAAAGCAGUUGAGAUUUCUUGCAUUAAGAAUAAUUCAAAAAUUGGUUCCUUUCAAGAAGUUUACAAUGUAGGUAUCUGGUUUGAUUAUACCUCAGUUUUCAUAUCAUAUCAUUUAUUGCAUGAAACAUUAUUUAUGAGCUUGCUUUAAACUUCCCACUUAACUAUUUUUUCUAAAUAAUUUUAUGUAGUUAUAAGAUGGAACAUUGCAUAGGUAUGUUACAUUCAAGCUGUUUAAAGAAUAAUGUAAUUUAUUUAUUAUGAGUAAGUAAGCGUAUUCAUUUGAAAUAUGCUCGACUUUUUUUGACAAAAUACAAUUAUACAUGAUGAAAUAGAUGAGAAGAUUUGUUAUUUAAUGAAAAAAAUAACAGUUUUUCAUAGCCUCAUUGUACAGCAAACCGCUAUGUAAUGGCUUGGACUGCAUAUCAGAACAAUUUUACUAUUAAAACAAUUAAAACAAUUAUGAUAAAAAAUGUUCUUUUUAUGGAAUUCUGCCAUGAUUUUGUAAACGUCAGAAUGAAAAAUUCAAGUACAAGUAUCUUGUUAACUUUUUUUUCUGUUUAAGUAUAAUUUAUUGAAUGGUUGUACAUACAAGCCUUAAAUUAUUUCAUUCAUAAUGAUGCAAGUGAAAAUGAUGAAAGCGUAUGGAUGAAAUUGUUAAAUAACAUUUUGUAUCAUUAAUUUUGUUGCUGGCCUAAUAAUCACAUGAUCAUGCAUUAAAUCUACAUGAAUUUGCAAAAAUAAAAAUGUAAACAUUU